CUAAUAUAAGAUAUGUAGUGGAUAUAAUUAAGUUUUGGUGGAUUACUCUUUUUAUUUUAUAUCCUUAUUUCGGAGAAUUCUUAAUCUAAAAUCUAUUUUACUUUUCAGUUUUUUUUUUUAUUUACCCUUAAUUACAGUCUAAUAAGGAUUUUUGUGUUUUAAGCAAUAUAAUAUGCUUGGCUGUCAUAAUGUUCACUUCUUUUAAUUUUGAAGGAUGUCUCUUUUUGUAACAAGUACACUUCGAUUAUGUUUGUCAUCAGUCGUGCAAUUAGAUUUCGCGCUUCUGUCUUUUUUAAGGAUAUCUGCGAAAAUUACACUUCACAGGCCGCACACCAAUUGCUCGACCAAAUCCCCGUUAGAAGUAAUGUGCAGCCGUGUGAUUCAUUGCCUAAAAUGAGUGCCCCUGAAGCAUUGGAGUCCUUUCGUCGAAUUAUAAGCUCCGGAGCAAAGCCUACGAGGUUCCUUCUUUGUACGGCUCUUAAUUCUUGUGCAAAAACAUUGAGCUGGCAAUUGGGGUUGCAAAUUCAUGUGUAUAUGAUUAAGUAUGGGUAUGAAGAAAAUUUAAUUUUGAGCAGUGCACUUGUCGAUUUAUAUGCCAAGUGUGGUGCCAUGUUGGAUGCAAGAAGUGUUUUUGAUGGCAUGAAAAGGCAUGAUCAAGUAUCUUGGACCUCCAUUAUUAGCGGCUUCUCGCAAAAUGGGCAUGGAAGGGAAGCCAUUUCAAUGUUCAAAGGGAUGUCCACUACCCAUAUUAAACCUAAUUGUUAUACCUAUGUUGGGGUUAUUAGUGCCUGCACAUGCCUAGAUGAUGCCUUUGCACAAGUUAUAAUGUUCCAUGUCCAUGUCUUAAAGCUUGGAUUCAAUACUAAUAGUUUUGUGGUCAGUGCUUUAGUUGAUUGUUAUUCGAAACAUGGAAGAAUUGAUCUUGCUAGAUUGGUGUUUGAUGAGGCUAUACAGAGGGAUAAUAUUUUACUCAAUUCUAUGAUUUCUGGGUAUUCUCAAAAUAGCCUAGGUGAAGAGGCAGUGAAACUAUUUGUGGAGAUGAGGAAUGAGAAUUUGCGUCCGACUGACCAUACUUUAAGUAGUAUUUUGAAUUCUUGUGGUAGCCUAACUGCACUGCAACUAGGAAGGCAGGUGUACUCUCUGGUCACUAAAAUGGGUUCUGAAAAUAAUGAGUUUGUGGCUAGUGCUCUGAUUGAUAUGUACUCCAAGUGUGGUCACAUUGUUGAGGCUCGUGUCAUUUUCGAUCAAACACCUGUGAGGAAUGAUGUUUUGUGGACUUCAAUGAUCAUGGGAUAUGCUCAGAGUGGAAAGGGAUCAGAAGCUUUAGAACUUUUUGAGCGUUUGGUGACUGUUGAAGGAUAUGUUCCGGACAAAAUUUGCUUCACUGCUGUAUUGACUGCCUGCAAUCAUGCUGGAUUGUUAGACAAAGGGGUGGAAUAUUUCAACAUGAUGAGGGAUUAUGGGCUGGUUCCUGAUCUAGAUCAAUAUGCUUGCUUAAUUGACCUCUAUGCAAGAAAUGGGCACCUAAAAAGAGCAAGGGAAUUGAUGAAGAAUAUGCCUUUCGAGCCAAAUUAUGUUAUGUGGACUUCCUUUUUAAGCUCUUGCAAAAUUUAUGGUGAAGUUGAACUUGGAAAGGAGGCUGCUAAUGAGCUUCUGAAAAUGGAACCGGGUAAUGCCGCUCCAUAUGUAUUGCUUGCCAAUAUAUAUGCCACAGCUGGUUUAUGGACUGACGUAGUUAAGGUUAGGAAAUUGAUGCAACAAAAGGGAUUAAGGAAAAGUGCAGGGUGGAGUUGGGUUGAGGUAGAAAAAGGGGUUCAUAUUUUCUCAGUUGGUGAUGCUAUUCAUCCUCAAUCCCAAGAGAUCUAUGAUGAACUGGGGAAGCUGCACUUGGAAGUAAAAGAGGUUGGUUACAUGCCCAAACAUUUACAAGAAUUAGAGGAUUUGGCUUGUGAAUGAUUUUGAUCUCCUGUAAACAGUCAAUUGACAAAUAAUAGGAGCAAGAACAUUUUUUAAUGCAGUAAAUUUGGGAAGGAACCACCUGGAAUGCAGUAAAUUUCUGCCUGCAGGUUCUUUGCUCAGAUGGAUUCUGCACUGGAAAUUCUGGGAGUGCCUGCAACACUUCUGCUCUUGCUGUGGCCUGGACUGAUACUCCUUUGCAUUUACAAUUGUGGAAAGCAAUCUCUACUUAUACUUUUAUCUGGUGUAUUCUGCUGCAAAAUGAGAAAGGUGCUGAUAUUCCAGGGUUGAUGCACGUUGAGUUGAUUCACUGUAACUGCAGUUUCCCUAUUUCUGGUCAUUCGAAGUCUGCUUCUAAGCUCCCAGGGAUCUUUGCUGGAAAAAAGAAUGCUAGGUUGCUGUCUGUGCCUGUUCUGGAAAAUCUGCUGGUCUACAUUCUACAGCCUACUGCUACUCUUAGCCUGACGAAACCAAUUUCAGAUCUCUGUAGAAUUUGCUGCAUUCCUGGUCCUCAGUCUAGCUGCUCUUCAAAGGCUACUGAUUGCAGUGUUUGUGAAUCUGCCAACCCAGAUUUUGAGGCUGCCGCUCCAUUCUGCAUGUCUGUUCUGUCAAGCUGCUGGAAUUCUCUUGGGCAGUGAAUUCUGCUAGAGAUUCCCAAGAGUCCAGAGGAUAUUCUGUAGGUCUCUUACAGUUUGCUUGCAAGGCUCCCCUCUCUCUGCUGGUCUGCUACAUCUCAUUAGCUUCCUCCAAGCAAAUUACCAUGGCCCUGGAGGUGUAUCCAGUUUCUUCCCAGUUUUUGCCAAUUGCCAGGAUUCUGCAUUUUUGCUGCUGCCAUCAGAUCCUGUGGACUGCCUUGUGGUGCUUUAUGCCAUUGAGACAGAAUAGAAUGUCCUACAUUAGAAACACUACUCAUUGGAUCUAUAAGCUGAGUUUCUGGGGUAUUAAGUACCGGCUCCCCUGAUCAGCCAAGUGCUGUACAACCCUUUGGCCAGAAUGAUAAAAGAUUUAAGGCCUUUGGUUAAA